CUAGUACCGUCACUAAACACUGAAGGUAAGUUUUUAUUGUGCUUACUUCUUUGGUACGUUCGAUGAUAUUAGAGUAGGUUAUAAAAGCGGGAGGAUGUUAUAAAUACAAUUGUUCAUUAUUUGUGUGUAGUGUGAUAUAUUUGUUCAUAUUGUGAGUUAACGUUCAUCAAUAACAACAGAACUUUUUUUUUUAUUUAUAUUAUUUUUUAAGUGAAUAAGUAUUACAAUAUGAAUCUCAAGUCCGAAAUGCCUGGCAUUUUUUCAAUGCUUAUGGAUUUAGUUAAAUCCAAUGAAGAGGAAGAAGUCCGCGGAAUAGAAGAACAGAUAGAUGAAAUAGAAAUAUCAGACGAAACAGAGGAAGAUGAAAAUGACUUAGACAUAAUUCUAGAAGAAAACAUUCUUGAAGAAAAAAUCAAAGAUUUGACCAUGAACAAAAAUGAACGUGAUGAUAUCACAGAUCUUAUUGGUUUACCAAAACAAAAAGAGACUGAUUAUGAUGCUCAAUUGAAAAUGGUUGAAACUGCUUUGCAACAGAAUAGGCAGCUAAAUAAAAAGUUACAGGCAUUAGAAUGUGAGUUGCUUCUCCUCAAACGUGACCUUGACAGAAAUGUAGAUACUUCAUUUGUUAAAAAUACUGUUGAAAAAUCGUUAAAUUUAGAAUUUUAUAGCAGUUUCACUGCUCCUUAUUUCAAAUACCAAGGUUUCCCAUGCCCCGUCAAUCCAGAUCAAAGUGCCAAAGAAAGAAUCAAACCAAUGUUAUAUGAAGCUAGUGAUUUAACAAUCAGCUGGGAAGAAGAUGAACUUCAUAUUUUAGAGCAAUCUAUAAGGGACACUCUUGUUCAGGAAUAUUUUUAUAGUUUAGAAGAACAUAGUAACGUGAAGUAUGAACAAGAUUCUGAUCAUAAAAUAAAAGUUAUUAAUGAAGUUUCAUUUAUUAGGACUGCAGAUUUGAUGGAGAUUUUUAAAAAAUAUGAUGAAAAUGCUUUAGAUUGGGACAGAAUAUCACGCAAUUUAUAUAAUUCGCAUUCUGGACGUGACUGCAAAUUGAUGUGGGAUUUAUAUUUAAAACCAUCAAUAAGAAAGGAUAAAUGGACAAGAAAGGAAGAAGCAGCGUUACUCAAAGCUGCCAAAGCAUUUGGUUAUCAAAAUUGGGAUACAAUUGCUCUUGAGCUUAGUUCUAGUAGAACUGGUUAUCAAUGUUUUAGUCAUUACCAACAGCAUUUGUGUAAAAUUUCUAAGAAGUGGCCCCAAGAAGACUUGAAACACUUUCGAAUGGUACUGCGGUUGGUCAAGCAAGGUGAAUCUAUAAAUUGGUCUCGAAUAAAAUAUUUUAUAGAUGAUUAUGACUUUAUUACCUUGUAUAAUAAGUGGUACAAAACAAGAUGUUUAUCAGAUGAAGAAAUGAGGAAAGGUAAAUUUAAUCCAAAAGAAGAUCAAUUUAUUUUAAAUGCUGUCAAAAAGGGUAUACCACUGCAACGUAUUCAUCAUUUUCUUCAAUCCAGAAACAGUUGUCAAAUAAGGGAGAGAUACAUAAACUAUCUUCAUGUAAAAGAUAGGAAGUAUGGUAUUUGGACCCUGGAAGAGGACGCUCUUCUGGUGGAGCUUAUUAAAGAAUAUGGUGAAGGGCAAUGGGCAACGAUUGCCAAACAUUUUGAGUCAAGAUCUCGCACUCAAAUUCGACAACACUAUGAAAAUCUUAAAAAAAUCAUAUUGAAAAAUCCAAAUUUAGAUCUUAGAAAGAUAAAACGUCGCAAAAAUAUAUAUUCAAAGAAAAAUCGUCUUAAAAGGUUGAGUAAGGAUAUAAAGACCAGUGAUAAAAAUUUGAAAAUCAUCUCUUCUGAAAAUGAUUUUGCCAAAGAUAAAGAAGAUAUGGAAUUAAUUAGACAUUUUGUAUGUAGAAAAUCAGUUUUUAAAGGCAGGCAAUCCAUAGGAAACACAUUCAAAAUCAAUAGUGAAGCCAUCUUAAAAGUUUGUGAAGACUUUAAUAUUAAAUUAUCUGAUAAAGUGAAUGGUGUAGGGGUUAAUGAAUAUAGAAAACACCUACAUGAAUUUAUGUUUGGUUCAAUACAAUUUGCUAAAAAAAUUAAAGACUUGCCUACCCUCAGAGAGGAAAAUGGUUCCGAUGAUACGCUUCAGUUAUACCCACCUAACAUUGUUACAGUUAGUUCACUUAGGAAUAUUUUAUCAAGAUUAGAAGUAGAAAGACCAAGUUCUUGUAAGAAAAAUAUUACAGAAAGUAAUAUUCAUAGGUAUAAGUGUGAUGGUUAUAAAAAAGCAGUUGAAAAUUGGUGUAAAAGAAUGUUCAUGCUUUUUUCAGCUUCUUAUAUUUUAGAAGGGUUAGAUAGUGAGCAGCUCAAAGAAAAAGAAAAAAAUAUUAAUAACAAUUAAUUUGAUAUUUGAUUCAAGUUAGCCUUUGAAACAUGUUCCAAAUUCAUAUUUUGUUUAAAGUUUAAAUGCUCACAUUAUUAAAAUAAAUCUAACCUUCGAAGAAAAACUUUUUUGACAGAUUUUAUCCAUGACAUUUUUAUAAAUUUUCCAAAUUAAUUUUUAAAUUUAUCAUUUAUGAAAAUUUAAAAUAUGUAAUUUUCUCAAGUUUUUUUAUUAGUAGUGCACAAUUAUUUUAUGAUUUUAU